AUGGGUCGGAUAAAGAAGAAGGGCCAGGCCGGUGCGGCCAAAAACUACGUCACCAGAAACCAGGCUAUUCGAAAACUUCAAAUCAGCCUGCCUGACUUCCGUCAGCUAUGCAUCUGGAAAGGAAUCUACCCUCGCGAGCCGCGAAGCAAGAAGAAAGUUUCCAAGUCUUCGACCGCAUCAACCACUUUUUACUACGCCAAGGAUAUCCAAUAUCUCCUCCACGAACCGCUUCUCCAGAAAUUCCGCGAUCAAAAGGUCUUGGAAAAGAAAAUUUCAAAGGCAUUGGGUCGUGGCGACGUUGGCGAUGCUAAGCGGCUCGAAGGAAACGCUUCCCGACCGGAAAAUACUGGCAAACCUCGAUACACUCUUGACCAUGUUGUCCGCGAGCGCUACCCGACGUUUGUCGAUGCCCUGAGAGACUUGGACGAUUGUCUUUCCAUGUUGUUCCUCUUUGCCAAUCUGCCGUCUACGUCCAGCGUUCCCGCCAAGAUGAUUGCUCGUUGCGAAAGACUCUGCCUUGAGUUCCAGCACUAUCUUAUCGUCUCUCGAAGCCUGACCAAGUCUUUCCUGUCCAUUAAGGGUAUCUACUACCAAGCCAAUAUCCAGGGCGAGGAUAUCCUUUGGUUGGUGCCGUACAAGUUUAAUCAGAGAGUUGUUGGCGAUGUCGAUUUCAGAAUCAUGGGCACGUUUGUCGAGUUUUACAUGACUCUUUUGGGAUUUAUCAACUUCCGACUAUACACCUCCAUCGGCCUCAAGUACCCACCUAAGUUUGACGCCGUAAAGGAUGAGAACGCUGCUGAGCUUGGUGCUUUCACUCUCGAAGGAAAGGCUUUGGUCGGUGUUGAGGAACCCAAGAAAUUGGAGGAUGCGUCACACAAGCCUGACCCCAAGACUCAAGCUGCUGUUGACAAGGUUUUGAAGACUAUCCAGAAUGGUGAAUCGACUGAUGCCGCAGAGGAGACCGCGAAUGGCGCUGCCGAAGCUGAGGAAGAAAAUACCGGUGCCAUUGACAAGUUCGAACCUGCGGCGCCUGGUGGUGAUGUGCUGCUGCAACCGUCUUAUAAUGGAAACGAUCACACCACUUUGUUUUCCAACUGCACGUUCUACCUGUCUCGAGAGACUCCCCGACAAUCGCUUGAAUUUAUCUUGAAAGCAUUCGGCUGCAAACGGGUCGGAUGGGACCCUGUUCUGGGUGACGGAGCUUUCACCACCGACGAGUUGGACCCCAACAUCACCCACCAGAUUGUCGACAGGCCCCCUAUCCAGGCGGCAAUGGAGGCGGAUGGCGACGGUGAAGACAAUCAGACGUCGCAAAAGUUGGCUGCCAAUCGACGGGUCCCAGGACGAACAUAUGUCCAACCUCAAUGGGUGUGGGAUACCGUCAACGACGUGGAACUCAAGGAACCUCACCUGUACGCCCCAGGUGCAUCACUGCCACCGCAUCUUAGUCCAUUCGUCCAGAGCGUCCAGGGCUCAUACGAUCCCACAGUGCCCUUGGAGGAGCAGGAACCCGAGGAAGAGGCCCUAGAGGCCGAUGAGGAUGGCGACGAAUCUGUUGAAGGCAUGGACGUUGCGGAAGAGGAGGAAGAGGAUGAGGAAGAGGAAGAAGAAGACGAGGAUGUAGACGUGGAUGAAGACGAGGACGCUGAUGAAGUGGAAGGCGACGCCGAAGAAGAUGAGGACGAGGAUGAGGCAGCACUUCGUCAACAAGAACUUGAGGCAGAGCUGACUGGUGCCCCCGUCAAGGCCAAGGUGACCAGCAACAAAGCCAAGGCCAAGGAGCAGGCACGAAAGGCACUAAGCAAGAAGGCAAAGGAGGAAGCCGAGGACCUUGAGCGUGCCAAGGGUAUGCUGAGCAAGAAGAAGAGAAAGCUGUAUGAGCAGAUGAUCUACACAAAUAACAAGAAGAACGCAGAGGACCAAAAGUUGAGAGCGAAGAGAAGAAAGCUGGAAAAGGAAAAGGCCAAGGGCAAGGCGUAA